AUGUCGUCGGAGCGAGACCAGCUCCAACAUGUCAACACCAAGCCACCGCAGGAGUUUGCCACACUGACACGGGAGCUCAGUGCGUGCCGGGAGCAGCUCCUGGAGAGGGAAGAGGAGAUCUCGGAGCUGAAAGCCGAGCGCAAUAACACCCGGCUCUUGCUGGAGCACUUGGAGUGCCUGGUGUCAAGGCAUGAGCGGUCCCUGAGGAUGACCGUGGUCAAGCGUCAGGCCCAGUCGCCGUCCGGGGUCUCCAGUGAGGUCGAGGUGCUCAAGGCGCUCAAGUCACUCUUUGAGCACCACAAGGCACUAGAUGAAAAGGUCAGGGAACGCUUGCGAGCAGCCUUAGAGCGAGUGGCAACCUUGGAGGAGCAGCUCGUGGAUGCCCAUCGGCAGGUGGCAGCUCUGCAGCAAGGUGCUGUGCGGGAGGCCCCGCUGGGAGAGCGGGAUGAGAGGGAGCCCAAGGAGCCAGCGCAGAAGCUUCCCUGGAAGAGGGUCUCAGACGGCUCGGUGCACCCCGACGAUGAGGCAGGGCGGGUGGUGGAGCUGCAGGAGCUCCUGGAGAAGCAGAACUACGAGGUGGUCCAGGCCAAGGAGCGCAUCUCCGCGUUGGCUGCCAGCGUCGCAGAGCUGGAGGAGGACCUCGGCACCGCCAGGAAGGAUCUGAUCAAGUCGGAGGAGAUGAGCAGCAAGUACCAGAGGGACCUGCGUGAGGCCCUGGCUCAGAAGGAGGACAUGGAGGAGAGGAUCACCACACUGGAGAAGCGUUACCUGGCAGCCCAGCGAGAAGCCACCUCCAUCCAUGACCUCAAUGACAAGCUGGAAAGCGAGUUGGCCAACAAGGAGUCCCUUCACCGCCAGUGUGAGGAGAAGGCCCGGCACCUGCAGGAGCUGCUGGAGCUGGCGGAGCAGAAGCUGCAGCAGACCAUGAGGAAGGCAGAGACGCUGCCCGAGGUGGAGGCGGAGCUGGCCCAGCGCAUCGCUGCGCUCACCAAGGCAAAAGAGAGGCACGGGAGCAUCGAGGAGCACCUCCGGCAGCUGGAGAGUCAGCUGGAGGAGAAGAACCAGGAGCUGGCCAGGGCCCGGCAGCGGGAGAAGAUGAAUGAGGAGCACAACAAGCGGCUCUCGGACACUGUGGACCGGCUCCUGAGCGAGUCCAACGAGAGGCUGCAGCUCCACCUCAAGGAGAGGAUGGCGGCAUGGAGAGAAAAGAACACUUUGUUACAAGAGCUGGAAAAUACCCAAAAGCAGAUAGAGGAGCACCAGCACGACAAGCGGCGGUUGUCCGAUGAGAUCGACAAACUGAGGCUGGAGGUUGAUCAGCUCAAGACCAGAAGUGGGACAUUUGUGGAGACCGUGCACACAAGGUCCCAUAUGGGCAGCGCCACGGACCUGCGCUUCCCACUGAGUGCCGUGGUCCAUGGCCCCCCCGAGCCCUUCGGGACAGCCCCGGGUCUGCCUCGGGCACAGAAGGGCCGAUUUGCCGCCCGGCGAGAGGAGCCAGCCAAGGACUGGGAGCAGGCCCAGGCUGGCGGUGUCCUGGCCACGGGGCCUCAUGCCUUCGACAGCGACCCCGAGAUCUCCGAUGUGGAUGAGGAUGACCGCGAGACACUUUUCAGCUCCAUGGAUGUGCUCUCCCCUGGUGGGCACUCGGAUGCCCAGACGUUGGCCAUGAUGCUCCAGGAGCAGCUGGAUGCCAUCAACGAGGAGAUCAGGAUGAUCCAAGAGGAGAAGGAAUCCACUGAGCUCCGCGCGGAGGAGCUGGAGACCCGCGUCACGAGCGGCAGCAUGGAGGGCCUCAACCUCACCCAG